ACACCCUGUAUAACAAUACCAUUCAUAUGUAUUUACAGGAAUUGGAUUUUAUACUAUAGAACAAUGUGUUUUCGACUCCGAUGGUCGAUUAACGACAAACAGAACUUGGAAUUAUAAAGUUCCGGGUAUGAUGGAUAUUCCAGUAGACUAUAGGAUUAAAUUUCCGAAAAAAAAUCCAAAUCCUGUCGGGAUUCUGAAGGCCAAAGCUAUUGGUGAACCACCAAUGUGCUUAUCAAUUUCUGUUCCUUUGGCGAUACGCAGAGCUUUGGCUGCUGCUAGAGAGGAAGCUGACCCUACUCAACCAAAAUGGGUGCCAGUUGAUGGAACCACUUCAACGGACUUUACUUUUCGGCAUUCUCUAAAUAACUUUAACCAGUAUGUUAUAUAAAUUUUAUUAAUAAAAUAUAUUAGCACAUAAA